AUCGUGCGUAUCGGCCGCGCUCACCCGCGCGCCCGCCUCCAGCCGCCAGUUGCCGCGGCGAACUCUAGUCGCGUAGACCGUUGUGCCGCGACGCGAUUUUAUUCAAAACGCCUACUGUCAAAAUGCAGAGGAAACUGGUAUUAUCUGAUCAAUCACUAAAGAAACUCAUUAAAGAAGUGAAAAAGAGAGAAUGUCUGUGGAAUCCACAUCACGAACGUUACAACGAUAGGUAUCGAAUGGCCAAGGCUUGGAUGGAGAUUGCGGAAUUAAUGGAACUACCAGAGGAUCGUCUCCGAGUGAAGUGGAAGAAUCUCCGAGACCUGUACAAAAAGGAAGUCAAAAAGUUCGGUUCAGUAAAUUACACCGGGAAAUGGAGACAUUAUAAUGCGAUGAAGUUUCUUAAUAAGGUCACGGAGAACUCGAAAACAGAUGAACAAAAUGAAGAUCAGACUAAUAAAGACAAUGAAGCCGAAAGAGAGGGAAGCAAAGUAGCUACGAAAGAAGAAUUGACAGAUGAUGACUUUGAUUUCGUAGAUGAUCAAGAAAAUGUUACUGCUGGCAGUCACGAAGCAGAAGUAUACUUCGAUCAGGGGUACGAGGAAGACCCAAUACCUGAUAAAAUGCCCAAACUUGCAGACGAAGACUACGAUUUGAUGUUCUUGAAAUCCUUAGCACCGUAUUUUAGGCAAUUGGAUCCAAUAAGGAAGCUGGUUGUAAGGAGUAAGAUGCAGGAUAUGCUGCUGAAUGAGAUCGCGGCCCAGGCGUCGGCGAACCAGUUCCAUUCGAAGAAGAGUUAGUAUUUAAAAGUGAUUGUGUGUAUAGUACAGAGAAAAAACCUACAUAAGUACAAGUCUAAAGUGAGUGAAUUUGUUUAGUAAGUAGGUCUUAAUACCGAUAUCUGUGUCUUUAUCAACCUCGCAAUAAUGGUACGACAAAGCUUAGGACCAAAUAAUACGAUAUGUUGGUUAAGUUUAGUGAGUUAUAUUAUGAAAAGUUAAAAGAAUAUUACAGCUAAGGCAAGUACUAUUUGUACGUAAUUGAAAUGAAAAAUUUAUGGAAAUAAAGAAAAUGAAAUGCUUUAAGAUAAAUCAUAUCCUUACGUAAAUGAUUAUACCUAUACAUAUAAGUUGUUCUUAC